AUGGAUCGCGAUUGUGCCUUGACCGACGACACUUUUGGUCCUUAUGCUGGCGCCGACUGCCGUGGCGGCUUCGAUUUCACUCUCCUCUUUUCCGAGGUGUUUCUCUCGAUCAUACCUCUAUCGUUGUUGAUAGCUAUCGUACCUUACAGAAUCUAUCGGCUCUGGUGGAAGGAGACGAAGGUCUCAAGGUCAACCUUGCUAUACACUAAACUGAUAGCAUGGGCCGUCUUCGCUGGUUUCGAGCUCGCCCUCCUCAUCAUUUGGUCGAAUCGACAAACGCGUAAGAAUCGUGCUGAACUCCCAUCAGCUGUCAUCAGCUUCAUUGGCGCAGUCUUGUUAGGACUACUCUCCUUCGUAGAGCAUAUGCGUUCGAUCCGUCCGUCGUUUCUGCUCACAGUAUACCUACUCUUCACUAGCGUGUUCGAUAUCGAACGCUCUCGGAGCUAUGCACUCACUCCCGAACUGGACCUCGUUGCCACAGUCUUCGCACCGCGCCUGGGUCUGAAAGUGUUCCUCGCUAUAGUUGAAGCCAGAGACAAACGACGACUCCUCCUCCCGGAUUUCGCCAACAGUCCACCGGAGGCUACCAGUGGUGUAUACAAGCGGGCAACGUUCUGGUGGCUGAAUUCACUGUUCAAGAAAGGGUUCUCCACCUCAUUGACCGUCGAAGACCUCUUCCAGUUGGAUAAACACUUGCAAGCAGACUAUCUACAUCACCUGAUCGGGUCGUCGUGGGCCAGAGUCGCGAAUGUUGGUACUCACUCUCUCUUCGGAACGACGUUGAGAAGAUUGAAAUGGCCUAUACUGUCAGUCGUUCCACCAAGACUGUGCUUGAUUGCCUUCAACUUUUGCCAGCCAUUCCUAAUCGAGAGAGCGGUCAAUUUCUCUCAGGAAGCUGAGACGGCGCAAACGGCCAACAUCGGUUAUGGAUUAAUUGGCGCGUACAUUAUCGUGUUCAUCGGCAUUGCAGUGUCUACUGGCCAAUAUAUGCAUCUCACGUUCCGAUUCAUCACGCAGAUGCGAGGCGGUCUCAUCUCGAUGCUCUACAACAAAGCAACGGAAGUCACGUUGACAGACAUGGAUCCAGCGUCCUCAAUCACGCUCAUGAGCGCUGAUGUCGAGCGUAUCGUCACUGGCAUGGAGACUGGUCACGAGAUAUGGUCCAACACACUCGAGAUCUCCCUUGCAAUGUACCUCCUGGAGCGACAACUCGGUGCCGCAUGUGCCAUCCCUAUCGGCGUUGCCGUUGUCUCCCUACUCGGCUCCAUAGCAGCCACCAGCCUGGUAAUGCAACGUCAAGCACUGUGGCUCGAAGGCAUAGAGCGACGUAUUGCAGCCACCAAUUCCAUGCUCAACUCGAUGAAGGGUGUCAAGAUGGGCGGUCUUACCGAAGUUCUACGAGAUGAUCUACAGAAACUCCGGGUCGAUGAACUCAACAUUUCGAAGAAGUUCAGGAAGCUCCUAAUCUGGACCAUGGGAUUUUCCUACAUUUCGCCUAUUGUAUCACCCAUUCUGGCAUUUGCAGUCUUUUCUAUCAUCGCCCAAAAUAGCGAAGGCAGAGAGACACUCGACACUGCAACUGUUUUCACUUCCCUCUCGCUAUUCACGCUACUCACAGAACCGCUCGGGUCACUCAUCAUGGCUCUUUCUUCACUGAUGGGAGGCGUCGGAUCGUUCAAGAGAAUUCAAGACUUUCUUACUUUGGCUCCACGUGACGAGCAACGUAAAUUUCCUUCUAUCUACGGCGGCAGCACAGCUUGCCUUUCAGUGGCAGGCACUGAGUCCGAGAAAGGGUCAGAGACUUCUCAAAAGAGCCGAUGCUCCAUCGAGUUGAAGGAGUACAGUGCGCUUGGCUCUCAAGCUAUCAUGAUCGAGAACGGGUACUUCGGAUGGGAUCCGGUUAGGCAGCCAUCUGGUACCUUGCAGGAGAUCGAUAUGAUCGUUCCACGUGGGAAGAUUACCAUGGUCGUGGGACCGGUAGGGUGUGGAAAGUCGACCCUGCUUAAAGCAGUGUUGGGAGAGUUGCCUGUCAUGGGUGGCUCCUUGCAGGUGUCUUCCCUGCGGAUCGCCUUGUGCGACCAAUCUGCAUGGCACGUCAACGGCACAGUGCAGGAGAGCAUCAUCGGCGCUGCCGUGUUCGAUCAUCGGUGGUACUCGUCCGUUGUUCGGAGCUGCGCAUUAGACGAAGAUCUACGGCAAUUACCCCAGGGUGACCAAACCCAGAUUGGUAGCAAGGGUAUCGCAUUGAGUGGAGGUCAGAGCCAGCGAAUCGCACUUGCGAGAGCAGUCUACGCUCAGAAGGACAUCAUCAUCCUUGAUGACUGCCUUAGUGGCCUUGAUGGCCAGACCGAGAACCACAUAUGGCACAGUCUCUUUGGGCUCGAGGGGCUACUCAAGCGGUGCAGAACCACAGUUCUUGUUGCAUCAUCAUCAGCAAAACGUCUGCCUUACUGUGAUCACAUUAUUUCUCUCGACAAGAACGGCAGAAUCUCGGAACAAGGUCCUUUUGACAAGCUGACCAAGUCGGGAGGCUACGUGUCAGGCUUUGAUCUUGCACGUCCCGACUGGGACUACCGCGCAGAGAAGCACAUCUACGAGGAGCCGCCCAGAUACACGGAGCGUCAAGCCACCGACAACCAGCUCACCGAGGAUGACGUUCAAGCGGAAGCAAAUCGCCGCACUGGCGAUACAGCCAUCUAUCUCUAUUACAUCGGCACUGUGGGCUGGAUUCCAACAAUCAUCUUCAUCAUUUCUAUCAUCAUCUUUAUCUUCGGUAUCUCCUUCCCUACGGUUUGGGUAAAGAUGUGGGCGGAAUACAAUCAAGAAAACCCCAACGAGCGACUCGGAUAUUGGCUAGGCAUCUACGCUAUGCUUGGUGGGCUGGCACUCGUCUUCUUGAUGGUCAGUUGCUGGCAGCUGAUCAUCACCAUGGUCCCUCGCUCCGGUGUCGCAUUCCACAAGAGGCUUUUGGAUACAGUCCUUGGGUCGCCGAUGUCUUUCUUCUCUACUACUGAUACCGGAGUCACACUCAACCGCUUCAGUCAAGAUCUCAUGUUGAUCGACAUGGAGCUGCCCGUAGCCGCGCUAAACACUUUCGCUACGUUCGUUCUCGUCAUCGGACAGAUGAUUCUCAUCGCCGUUGCUGCGCCUUACGCAGCCAUUUCCUUUCCUGUCGUUAUAGUCGCAGUCUUUUUCGUCCAAAAGUUCUAUCUGCGUACAUCGCGCCAGCUUCGUUUCCUUGAUUUAGAAGCCAAGUCACCGCUCUACACCCAGUUCAACGAGAUACUGGAAGGCUUAGCCACCAUCCGUGCAUUCGGCUGGCAGAGUUUUGUUGAAGACAAAGCGAAGGCGCUACUCGAUCGUAGCCAGCGACCCUUCUACCUGCUCUUCGCGGCCCAGCGUUGGUUGACGCUCGUGUUGGACUUGGUCGUUGCAGCUGUUGCAACGAUCCUCAUAGUUUUGGUGGUUACCCUGAAGGGGAGGCUAAGUGCCGGAUACGUUGGCGUAGCACUACUGAACGUAGUACUCUUCUCCCAAAGCAUCAAAUUGCUUAUCUCUUUCUGGACCCAGCUCGAAACGCACAUCGGAAGUGUAGCCAGGAUCAAGAACUUCACCGCCGAUGCCGUCGCAGAGGACCAUGAAGGCGAGGACCACAUUCCGCCAUCCAGCUGGCCAAGUGCGGGCAAGAUUGAGUUCAGAGGCAUCGAAGCAUGCCAUCGUCCUGGUGAGCCUGUCAUCUCAAACUUCUCUCUCUCCAUCAGGCCUGGUGAGAAGGUCGCCAUCGUCGGUCGCACGGGUAGCGGAAAAUCUUCGCUCGUUCUUUCUCUCUUCCGUAUGGUCGAGCUCUCCUCCGGCAGCAUCACCAUCGACUCUAUUCCGCUCACACGUAUUCCUCGCCAAACCAUUCGCAGUCGGCUUAUUGGCCUGCCUCAAGACGCGUACUUACUUCCCGGUUCGAUUCGCCUCAACGCCGAUCCCUUGAAAGAGUCAGAUGACAAGGCUAUCAUGGCUGCGCUAAAGGACGUGCAACUAUGGGACAUCAUUGUAGCAAAGGGCGAUGCCGAUAAGUACCCGCAUCCGCUAGACGUCGAGGUCGAAGACCUUCACUUCUCGCAUGGACAGCGCCAGCUCUUCUGUUUAGCACGCGCAAUGCUCAAGAAGGACAAGUCGACCGUUGUCGUCAUGGACGAAGCCACCAGCAAUCUUGACGCUGCAAGCGACGCCCAUGUCCAACGCCUCCUUCGUUCCAGGUUCCCACACCAUACCCUUAUCACCGUCGCCCACAAACUCGACACAAUACUUGACUUUGACAAGGUCGUCGUCAUGAACAAGGGUCAACUCGUGGAGUACGGUUGUCCUCAUAAGCUGUUAGACCGCCAGGGAAGCUGGUUCAAGAGUCUAUAUGAAGAUGUUGCGAGAAGAGGUGAUGUAGACGAGGAUGAGGAUGAGAUCACUAUCAUCUAG